CGCAAAAGCAAUAGGCAUAAUGGUAGCGUGGACGUUUCUGUUAUUGCCGCUAACUCUAGUGGGUUCUUAUAAACCAUCGUCGGUAUCGAGUAACUGUCUAUGGCAUAAGAAUUCAUGUGUGGAGAAAUGUCCGGAUCACUUGGUGGAGAAGCUUUGCGAUUGCUCUAAAAACUUCUGGCCUGCACAGCGCACAUGUACAAACCCUCAAAGAACCCUGGUUGGAACUGUAUGCGGGUUUUCAAGGUGCGACUGUCCGGGUGAUAUGGUGCUGGAUACGGAAACCGGCUAUUGUUAUGAUUUAGACAACUGCCCUACGAAGCAUAUCAAUGAAUAAAGUCAAUUUCAUUCUUCAUAAAUAA